UCUCUUUUCACAGCUGCAAAGUUCAGAGAGUUGAACUGCAGUGCUUUGAGUUCACUGCUCGCUCCGCCACAGUCAACUUCUGUUGUAAAUUUUCCUCCCGGAACACGUGACGAUGCAUUUCUUGACUAUAUAUCCCAACGACAGCAGCGGGGCUGUCAGUGCACAGAGCCCGACACAGGAGAAAAACGUCCUCAGACUCAGCGAUUGAAUUCCACACUUGAGACAAACUGUCAGCCUUUGCCCCACUUCAAUGCUGAGGAUGGACCCUCUGAACAGCACACACCCCAGUACUGCGGCCUCCAGCAGCCCCCUUGAGUCCCAUGCGCCUAGCAACAGCAACGAAUACUUCUAUAUUCUGGUUGUCAUGUCCUUCUACGGCAUUUUCUUGAUUGGAAUCAUGCUGGGCUACAUGAAAUCCAAGAGGCGGGAGAAGAAGUCCAGCCUCCUGCUGCUGUACAAAGAUGAGGAGAGGUUGUGGGGGGAGGCCAUGAAGCCGCUGCCCAUGAUGUCAGGCCUGAGGUCAGUGCAGGUGCCCAUGAUGCUGAACAUGCUGCAAGAGAGUGUGGCGCCCGCCCUAUCCUGCACCCUCUGCUCUAUGGAAGGUGACAGCGUGAGUUCUGAGUCGUCCUCUCCCGACGUGCACCUCACCAUCCAGGAAGAGGGGGCUGACGAUGAGCUGGAGGAGACCUCUGAGACGCCACUCAAUGACAGCAGUGAAGGGUCUUCAGAAAACAUCCAUCAGAAUUCCUAGCACCCCCAGGCUGCCAUCAACUAGCACCCUUAGACAGAGGAAAGACUCUUUCCAAGUGCCUGGUUUCACUUUUGCCGUGCAGCUGUCACUUUGAAAAGACCGUGGGCAAGCCCCCACAAACGGGGGAGGGAGACACAAGGCUCAUCCGGAGUCCUCAUGGUUCCUGUGGUUUGGACCCACCACUGCCCCAGAGACAUACGGCAUGUCCGUUUACUCUGGGACCUGGGUGUUGGGGUUCAGCAUCUGGCUGCAUACUGUGCUAGUCGUUUUUUCACUGGAUGCCCUGGGUAACUUCUGCAGCAUCUGCCUGUGCCCAGGGUUGACAACUGCCCAGGGCAGGCUGAGGGACUAGUUUUGAUUUGUUAAUUUGCCUAGCGCUUUGUUCUUCUAGAUCUGAUUGGCUGUAAGUAUUUUUACUGUACCUGUGGCAUUUGGUCACAGAGGGGGUUACAUACUUCUUUUGAAUCAGAAGGGAGAAAAUUGGAUGGAGAAUUUUUAAUGGAGGAAAGCUGGAGAUAGAACCCAGUUGGUUUGUAGAAUGGAAGGAAAGAAAUCAGUGUCUACAUCUGUUCACAUUAGCUGGGGUUAUAAGUGAUGAUCUCUUUUGAUCAUUUGUCUCACCUGUGGGCUUGAACUCUGCCUUGGGACUGUUCAGCAGAGCAGCUGGGCGUGGCUUCCUAUUGGUCGGUGAGCUUUCCCAGCGUCAAGCCUGCACUCAGGGUGGCUGUGCAGUGUGGUCCUCCUGACCUUUACAGAAGGGUUAAUGGUGGGGUUGAGCAGGGUCAAACUGAUGGCUUUAUUAUUGCGCUUUUUCCCAGCUUAGUUUUCAGUCAGGGGAGGACGUAUAUGGGCCACACAAUGUGGGAUUUUGUCACGUAGCGGAGACCUAGAAAGGCAUGCUCCGGUAGAGAUUGCGCAGAGCUGGGAUCCAAGUUCUCUGCUUCUUGAUGCUGAUGCUCAUUGCUGUGUGGUCCUGGGCUUGUCAUCAUGAGGCUCCCGAGACUGUGCAGCCCCAGGGGGUUGGGAGGACAUCUUUAGACUUCGGACUGUGUGAUAAAUCCUCCACUGGCCUGGUGUGAGGAAUUUUGGACCAGAUAUUUCCCCUUUGGCCAGUUAGUCUGGAAAAGGAUCUGGUGAUUUAAAGGCACAGCUGGAGACUCUGCAGACAUGUAACUGGGGAAUUUGGGGCUAAGCACCAGCCAUUCUUGCUGUAGCUUUCCUAGGAUGGAGUCAGUGAGGCAGACAGCAUAGUUUUCUCUGCAAAGCUCUGUGGAUGGUGGGAUGUCAACGCCCCCAGCUGAAGGAAAGAGAAGUCUGAAGGGAGAUGCUUAGGCCUGCUUGCCAACAUCUCUAUGUGGGCAGUAGUUUGUAGCAGAUUCUUUACCCUCCUUCACCCCAAGACAAGAAGGAAGCUGAAUACCCCCAAAGGGUCAAGUUUAACUGUAGUGAAAAACCUUUGACAUUUUUUUUUUGUCUUUUUUUUUUUUUUU